AUGCUGACGAAGCUCGGCGUUUACGUACUAGGGGUCGCAGGACCGCUCGGGCUAUCAGGCUGGCUCACUCGUAAGAGCAAGCCCCUGCGCCCGUUCUCCCUCGGCUGCACGUACGCCGCGUGCGUCGGGGCUGUGGUCUCCACUGCGUGCAGCCGGCCCCUGCACCGGCGGACAACGGGCCUUCUCGGCAAGACGCGCGAUGGCAAGUUCCCGCUCUGGUCCUGGGCCGUCUUCUGGCCGUACCACUUCGGCCUGCGCCUCAAGCUGCACCUCCAGCGCUCGAAACGCAAUGCCGAGGACCUGUACAACGAGAUCGACGCAGCUCCCGGGUGGUUCAUCGGCGGAUGGCCAUCCAACGCAUCGGAGCUCCCCGGGCAGGACGUCGCGGUCGUCGACGUGACGUGCGAGCUCCCGCGCACGCACGCGACGGGGGCGUACUUCGCGGUGCCCACGUGGGACACGACCGGGCCGGACCCGGCCGCGGCCGCCCAGGCCGUCGACUGGGCGCUCACGCAGCGCCAGGCGGGCCGCGCCGUGCUCAUCCACUGCGCGCACGGCCACGGGCGGUCCGCGGCGGUGAUGGGCGCAGCGCUGGUGGCGAUGGGCCUCGCGGGGGGGGCCGAGGAGGCGCAGGCGCUGAUGCGGAGGUCUCGGCCGCUGGUCAGACUCAACUCGGAUCAGUUCGCUACUGUUGCGAGCGCGGCGACCGCGCGGGCGCUGUGA